AUGCGUGGUGAGCGGCGCGGUGACAGAUCGCGUGGCCGCGGCCGCCGCGCGGUCGCGCGACCGUCAUCGCCCUGCGCGCCUCAGCCCGCGCGGCUGCCGGCGGGACGAGGGUUGGAAACAGAAACGCCAAAGAAAGAGAGAAAGCGAAGCGAACGCUGCGGUCUACGGGACGCCGGGCGGCGCCGCCGGCAACAUGCUAAGCGGGCGAACGAGCACAUGCGCGCCGGCUCGUGCCGACCCUGGUUACCUUGA